AUGGUUAUCAUGUUCCUCAAGAGAUUUUUCACGACUUUAAGCACAAGACKGAACAUGUUAAAGGGGAUAUUGAUGUGGUGGGAAUGAUAAACCUGUACGAGGCUUCUUAUCAUUCAUUCGAGGAUGAAAGCAUCUUGGAUGAUGUUAGAGACUUCACCACGGAAUAUCUAAAACAAAUUCGAGAUACGAUUGAUGGAAGUAGUAGUUUAUGGUCAUUAGUAAGUCAUGCUUUGGAGUUUCCACUGCAUUGGAGAGUACCAAGAGUAGAGGCCAAGUGGUUUAUAGAAGAAUGCAAGAAAACAAGUGGUAUGAUUGAUCUCACAUUGAUGGAGCUUGCAAUAUUGGAUUUUAACAUGGUCCAGGCUAUCCACCUUCAAGAUCUAAAAUACUCAUCAAGGUGGUGGAGAAAUACAUGUUGGGAUAAGAAGUUAAGCUUUUGUUGAGACCGGUUGGUGGAGAACUUUCUGUGGACAAUUGGUUUUAGUUACCUACCUAAGUUUAGCCUUGGAAGGAAAACGUUAACAAAGGUUAACGCCAUGAUUACUACUAUUGAUGAUGUCUAUGAUGUUUAUGGUACUUUGGACGAACUUCAAAAAUUUACCGAUGUUAUCACCAGAUGGGAUAUCAAUGCGAUUGAAGAACUCCCGGAUUAUAUGAAGAUUUGUUUCCUUGGAUUCUACAACACCAUAAAUGAGAUCACAUAUGACAAUUUGACAAAUACAGGAUUACUCAUCCUUCCAUACCUAAAGAAAGCAUGGGCAGAUUUAUGCAAGUCAUACCUAGUAGAAGCAAAGUGGUACCAAAGUGGGCAUACACCAACACUCCAAGAAUACUUGGACAACGCUUAUAUAUCAAUAUCGGGUUCUACAGUACUCAUGCAUUGUUAUUUUUUGACGUCUAUGACUUCAACCCAAGAGAUCCUACAAUGCUUGGAAAGAACUAACAACAUUGUUCGCUACUCAUCGUUAAUCUUGCGACUUGCGGACGACUUGGGAACAUUCUCGGACGAAAUGGCAAGAGGGGAUAAUCCAAAAGCA